AUGGUUUUGCUGGCCAUGUCGGCCGGGGAGAAUAUGAGGAAUGGGGAGUCCCACAUGCAGACAUGUGAGCUGCACAAGGGAUGGUCAGCAUCAUCAAGAUUCCCACUUCAUUUUGGGAACAUCCAUAGGGAGCUAGCCUAUACAUAUACUGACUGUGUUCUCCACCUCUUUCUCCUAAAGCUUGAAGACAUAGCAGUAAAAGUCACCCUGAGAUCCAACAAACAAUGGAGGAGGAAGCAGUGGUGGAAGAAAAGAGGGUUAGUUAAAAGCAGGAGGAGUUGGAGGCACAAGAGAGAAGAGUUGGUCGAGAUCAGGAGGGUGGAAGUAGCCAUUCUUGGGCGGCUCUCUUUUCCUCCCAAAGGAAAAAGGCUUCUUCUUCGGGGGCGGCGGGGGUGCCAACGCCGUGGGUAUGCGGCACUCCCACCGCUUGGGCGUGGAACAACGGCCACUGGUAUCACCAUUCAUGAUGAAAUUACAAUUUUACACCUUAACCACACAAUCACCACUGUUCGCGUCACAGUCUCACAAUCGCUUUCGUUUAAAGCCAUUCUAUUUAUUUCUCUUCUCUUCUCUACUGUAUCUCUCUCUGCUUUGUUGCUUCUUGUUAUGACAGUUUGUAACACAUUGAGUCUGACAGAGUCUGAAAUGGAAAACGGGGAUCAGUUCCAGGAGAUUUCUCAGGCGAAAUACUAUUGUCUUUUAUUUGAUCUUGAUGAUACCCUCUAUCCCUUGAGUUCUGGAUUGGCUGAACAAGUGACGAAGAACAUCCAGGAGUACAUGAUUCAAAAGCUUGGGAUAAUAGAGGAUAAAGUUCCUGAGUUGUGCUUUUCCUUAUAUAAGACUUAUGGUACAACCAUGGCUGGUCUCAAGGCUAUUGGCUAUGACUUUGACUAUGAUGACUUUCAUGGCUUUGUUCAUGGGAGACUUCCAUAUGAUAUGCUGAAACCUGAUCCUGUUCUGAGGGGAAUUUUGCUAAGCUUGCCUGUUAGGAAAAUUAUUUUUACAAACUCAGACAAGACCCAUGCUAGUAGAGUGCUUCACAGGCUUGGAUUGGAGGAUUGCUUUGAAAGAGUUAUAAGCUUUGAGACCCUCAAUUCCUCCAAUGAAGAUGGCAGUGAAUAUAAACCAAGUUCCACAGGAAUAUUUGAUUUUUAUGAGUACAUUCACAGGCCUGAUUCUGAUGUAGUGCUUCCUAGGACCCCGGUUGUAUGCAAACCCUUUCAAGAUGCAUUUGAAAAGGUUUUCAAUAUGGCAGAUAUAGACCCUCAAAGAACAUUAUUCUUUGAUGACAGUCUCCGCAAUUUACAAACGGGCAACUCCUUGGGCCUCCACACGGUCUUGGUGGGCACUUCUGUUAGAACUACUGGAGUGGAUCAUGCCCUAGAGAGUAUCCAUAAUAUGAAGGAGGCUUUUCCAGAACUGUGGGAAGGCCAUGAAAAGCCUGAAAGUGUGGAGUGCUCUAGAAAGGUUUCAAUUGAGACAUCAGUAGUAGCUUAA